UGUAGUUAUUGUUACUUUAUUAUAUAUAGAUUGAAGGCUUUCUUCAUCUGACCUAGAUCCAACCCUAACUAGCUCUCUUGGCUACUCCAUGGACAAGAAAGAGAGCUCAAAAGUUGAUCUAUUUCAAGAAAACCCUCUUCAUCAAGCAAAUAUUUCAGAUCAAAUAAAAAGAAUAAGAGUACCGCCAAGAUGCAAUAAAAAUGGAGCAUUAAAAAGAUUUCUUGGAGUGAGGCAGAGACCUUCAGGAAGAUGGGUUGCUGAAAUCAAAGAUUCAUCACAAAAGCUAAGGCUAUGGUUAGGGACUUUCGAUUCAGCAGAAGAAGCUGCUAUGGCUUAUGACAGUGCAGCUAGGCUUUUAAGAGGAAGAAAUGCAAAGACCAACUUUGUUUAUGAGAAAAAUAACGGAAGUGGAAUUAUUUCUACUCACCAAGAAAGCAAGCUUUUAGGGAAAAAUCCAAGAUUACACCAACUUCUUCAACUCGCAAUUAUCAAGAACCAUGCAAGAUCAUCUUCUUCAUCAUCAUCAUCAUCAUCAUUAGCUUCAGCUUCUGAUAAUAAUGAUAAAAUUCCAUGGAUGGGUCAAGAUUUUGGUACUAUGGUUGAAGAUACUAUUAUCUGUUCUUCAUCUUAUGAUCAAGAUUGUUAUGGUAAUAGCAGUACCAGCAGCAAAAUUUGUGGUUUAUCAUCAUUUGGUACUGCUAAGGUUUAUUCUUCAGUUAUUAUAGCUCCUUCCUUUAGUGCUUCUUCUUCUUCUUCUUCUUCUUCUUCUUCUUCUUCUCCUCAUCCUCUAUGUAAUCAAUCAGGAGAUGAAAACAAAUCCAAAGAGGGUUAGUGUACAAAUUAGAUAAAAUUAAUUUGGUUGUACAAAUAUCUGUGUUUUUUAAUUUAAGAAACAUUUUAUUUGUCUUAUGCUUUGGAAAA